CGCAUGCGCUUUUCUGUUUUCGGUUCAAAGAAGUGUGUAAUAGGUGUUGUAACUUGUUUCCGUAUUUUUUUCUAAAAAAAUACAAUAAUGGACGCUUGCGAUUUAUUAAAGUUAUAUCGUAAUGGCCAAGUGAAAUAGUGACAAAUACAAUUUUGAGUGAUUAAACUAUAUUUUCGGGGAUCGGGAUAGAAUAUUAUUGUUUAUUUUGUCUACGUGAAUGUUAGUGUGUCAGUAAUGGCCGCUUGAAAAAUUUUAGCAUUAUCAACAAAAUGCUUUAAAAAAUAUUUCUUGGAUAACAGUGUGCUUAACAGUUUUUAAAGUUUAAUUGGUAACAUCUUUAGUUUUCGAUACACCUUACACGAUGGGGGAUAGUCCGCGAUGUCCGAAAAUCAUGGUUUUUCGCCCAACUUGGGAGGAAUUUAAGGAUUUUCGAUCAUACGUCAAGCAUAUGGAGGAGAAAGGAGCUCAUAAGGCUGGAUUAGCAAAAGUAAUACCACCUUCCGAAUGGGUUCCUAGAAAAGGAGGCUAUAACAUUGACAAAUUAAAUGUUACCAUUCCAGCUCCAAUUUGUCAGGUUGUUACUGGUAAACAAGGUCUUUAUCAACAAAUAAAUAUACAGAAAAAAUCCAUGAGUGUGAAGCAGUAUAGGGACUUAGCUAAUUCUGAGCGAUAUGCAACACCUAGACAUUUUGACUAUGAGGAUUUAGAGAGGAAAUACUGGAAAAAUAUUACAUACGUUGCACCGAUAUAUGGUGCUGAUGUUUCAGGUAGUUUAACAGACAGUGAUGUAGAUGAAUGGAACAUUAAUAGAUUAGGAACCAUACUGGAUUACGUAAAUGAAGAUUAUGGGAUUUCUAUAGAAGGGGUUAAUACUGCAUAUUUAUAUUUCGGUAUGUGGAAAACUACAUUUGCCUGGCAUACAGAGGAUAUGGAUUUAUACUCGAUAAAUUAUCUUCAUUUUGGAGCUCCAAAAACAUGGUAUGCUAUUCCGCCAGAGCAUGGCAGGAGAUUAGAGAGAUUGGCCAACGGGUUUUUCCCAUCGUCUUAUAAAACUUGCCAGGCAUUUUUAAGACACAAAAUGACAUUAAUAUCACCACAAAUCUUAAGGCAAUAUUCUAUACCGUAUAACAAGAUUACGCAAGAAGCUGGAGAAAUAAUGAUUACAUUUCCUUACGGCUAUCAUGCAGGAUUUAAUCACGGGUUUAACUGUGCAGAAUCAACAAAUUUUGCUUGUGAAAGAUGGGUGGAGUAUGGAAAAAGGGCGUCGCAUUGCACAUGCAGUAAGGAUAUGGUGAAAAUAUCGAUGGAUACGUUUGUGAAAAGGUUCCAGCCUGAAAGAUACGAUAAAUGGCUGAAAGGUGAAGAUAUAGGUCCGCACCCGGAAGAGCCCGAUCGAAAGGUUGCAGCACCAUUACCAUUGCCACAGGAUAUUCUUUGUAAUAAAAACAACACUGCCUUGCCGCAGAGUUAUGUGGAGGGACCAUUUAAAAAGAAGAAAGGAAGAAUGAUGGCGCGCUAUCACAACUUUGAUGAGUUUCCUGCUGAGCUUCAAUUGCAAUUAAUGGACGAGGACAAUAAUUUGCCAUUCGGCGAUGAAAUUCAACCUGACGAACAACAGUUGGAGGUUUUAGAAGAUAUUUGGCUAAAAGCUGGAGAGAUUGAAGCUGACGAGGCUGAAAUAUGCGACGCAGGGUAUAACGUCAAAAGAAGUAAAAGGUAUUUCCAGAAAAAGAGGAAAAAGGAGCACAAAAGUAAAAAAGGGAAGAAAAGGGAUGACAGUGGGUCUGAAUAUGAGGCCGAGGAAAAUCCAAAGAAGCAAUGUGGUAAAAUUGUUGCCAUUAACAAGACUUCAGCCUCAGAUACAGAAGACCUAGUUAAGUCUCUGGUAGCCCAAGAAGUUCAUCUUCUCAAGAAGAAAAAAUCGAAGCAUAAGGAGAAAGAAAAAGAAGGAAAAGAUAGAGAGAAAAAGAAGCACAAGAAAAAAGAUAGUCUAGAAAAAGCGGAAUCCUCUGUAUCUAUGGCAGCAGAAUCUUCUGUAUACGAGCUACAGAAUAUUCUUGAGGGUAAUUCAGAGCAACAUGAGAUGGUUACAGAGGAGCCUGAUAAAGUUAAAGAGGAAGUAGACAAUAUUAUUAGACAAGCCGACGAAGAGUAUGAGAAACAACAAUCAGAAAACAUUGUUUCCCUUCCAGAAGUUCCAAUUCCACCGAUCGUUCCAAUUAAACCGAUACCGGGAUUAGAAACCUUGAGAACGUACAAAAAGCAACCGGCUGUAAGGAAAGAAAUUAUUCAGACCGUGGUGACACCAAAGACCAUCGUUAGACUGAAGCAAACGCAAAUUAUAGAUCCUAAUGAAAUUUCGAAGCCUCCACCUCUUGUUCCUGUUAGUAUGCCACCGAAACCGUCAUCAUCAAGCGGGUCGUUCGCUAAAAAAGGAUUUGAAAGCGCGUUCUUAAGUUUUCUUCAAAGCAAUGUCACAGCGGAAAAAGGUAAAUCGGAAAAGAGCAAAUCACAAGGCGUUAUAAAGCAAGCACAUAAAGUUAGUUCAAAGCAAAAUGCGACUAAUACUACUGUGAAGACUGCAACAUCUGGUAAAGAAUCUAUUAAAGUAUCGUCUGUUAUUGUAUCUCAUCGUCAACUAGAUGCAAACACUCAGCCUGGAUGUUCACAGUCAAAUGAAAUAAAUCCUAAUCAAAAUCAUCAAUCAGUAACAGUUCCGACACUACAAACUACACAAGCUCAGACUGUUACUCAAUCAAAUGAAACAAUACCUAAUCAGCAGAUUAUAAAUUUGCCUCAGCAGGAACAAAUAAGUGAUAACACUAUCACAUUAUACUCAUCAGGGUCUAGUAAUACUUCAGUAAUGCAAGUUCCUCAGGUUCCCAAUACUGUAACAGCAGAAAACCAAUAUGCUAUGCCUCAGUUAUCAUUGCAAGCGGACACAUCCACUAUUAACUACGAACAAAUGCCUCAGCUUGAAAUUCAGCAACCUAUUACAACCAUAAUGGCCAACCACCAAACAGUGAAUGUAGUCGGCGGUCCUCAGAAUGUCGUUUUAGUCAGUCCCACACCUACAAACGUACUGCCCAACAAUGCUGGCGUGAAUGUUUUCUGUUUAAACACUAUCAACACACAACAAGUACCUGUUUUACAAAAGCUAGUCUUGCCACCGGGUGUGACGUUAAAUCCCGCUCCAAAUCCGCGCAAACCGAACACAAUUUGGAACAACCACAGUUGGUACAGUGUUAACUCUUGCCCAAAGUUUAUUUAUUCGAAUAAAGACCGAUUUUACCCUAUGAGCGAACAACCGAUUAAAUUGGACAGUAAAGAUAGUGAUAAGGAAAUGGUUGAAAACAACGUUGUCAUUGAUCACGAAGAGGUGGUAAUGGAUUACGAAGAAAUUAUCGAAACUGACCCGGAGCCCAACAGUAAAGUGAUUGUUGAAAGCGUCUAUAGGAAUGAGUCGGAGUUUACGGCUUUGAGUAAAUGUGAUUUUCCCACUGUAGCUAGUGUUGGUGAAGUCACUAGGGCAGGAAUAGAUAAUGAUUCAUCGUCUUCCGAUUCCUCAUCGUCUUCUGAUGAAUCUUCGUCGUCUUCUGAGAGCGAAUCCGAAUCAGAUUCCGAGUCAGAUGAUGACAAAAUAGAAGUUCAACAUAGUACCAAAGAAAACCAACCGCCCGAGACACUGAAAGGCAUGAAAUUGUUCAACAAAAAGCAAGAACAGAAGAAACUGUUUAAAGAAACCCAAGGUCGAGAUUUGAACAGUUUCCAAAAACAGAAAAUUAACGAAAUUAUCGGGUUGUCCGAUACCAAACCAAAAAUUAACUGUAUUUCGAGUAACAAAAACAAAUUCGAGAAGGACAGUAAUUUUGGCAAUAGUUUAAGGCAGAAAAUGUUGCGGUUCUGUCUGAAAAGCAAGAAAGGACUGACGCCCGGUAGAAUCGCCUUUUUGAAGUUGCUCAAGUUCAAGAACAAAGGCAGGCCGUCCAAGGCGGAACAAGAGAAGAAAUUCGACAUUAUCAAAAAUUUAUUGAGGCUGUACCAGAAUCAUUUGGCCAGUGUUAAUAAGCAGCGCGUACCUGAUCAAAAUUUUGUCAUGACGGAGUCUCUGGAACGACAAAAAAACGAGCUUGCUCCUGUCAACGUUACCGUAAAGCUCGACGAUGUUUUGCAGAAGUUUUCGCCGAGGAUACAAAAUGGACUUCGUGCCGGUUUGACUUUGUGCAAUUUGAGCUCGCUGCCUGAAGGCGAGCCCGAGUUAAAAGAUAUGGCUGGGAAGGUGACCAAGAGGAAAGGUAGAACUGUCAUUGAGAAACAAAAACAUAGGCCGUCCAUACUCAUAAACGACGAAGUCUGGGCGAAGCAUAAAAAUUACCGCUACUAUAGGGGGAAGGUGACGAAAAUCAAGUCGGAUAAUAAAUUUUGCGUGUUCUUCCUUUGCGACAAAAGUUUCUCGAAAGACAUCACGAUGGAUCAUUUAGUAGAUUGGACGAGUGACACUUUGCCCAAUCAAGGCGAUAUUGUAAAUGUGCGAUGGGGCGACGGGGGAGUGUACGAAGCACGCUGUGUUAGUCGAUCUGUCGAUAAUAUUUAUACAGUAUUGUUUGAAGACUUAAGUCAGUUAGAUCUCCGUAGGGAUAGUAUUUAUUCGUUAAGAGAACAAAUUCCUAAACAUUUAGAACCCAAAUUGUCGUACGCCAGCGAGAUGAAUCACCGGGAACACCUGUACGAUUUGGAACGCCCCCUUCCCGAAAAACGACCAAUCAAAAGGAAGGUCUUCGAAGACGAUUUCAAGAAAAAGAAAUAGUUAAAUGUGUUAGGUAUAGGAUAUAUAGGAACAUGAAAAAUUUCAUUCGCAAGACUGAAAAACGGACAAAAUACUUUUCCCGUCGAAACGCCAUCAUUUUUGGCGUUGUGAGAAAAUUGUCCACUUUUAUUUUAUUUUUAUUUGAAAAUGUUUAGUACCUUUUUUUUUACUUAAAUUUCUUUAAGUCUUUGAACUAAAUUUCUACUUUCUUAAUUAUUAGGGCGUGUAGUUUAAAAUUGAAGAAAAUAUGUUAAGAAUUUUUUGACUGAGUUGUUUCCAGUAGUAUCAAAUUGAUAACUCCAAAGAAAGAUGCAUAAACUUGCCUUGGAGUUGCUCAAGUGAUAAUUUGUUUCUUAAAAAUAAUUUAAAAGUUUGAUUAAUCACAAAAUAAACUAACAGAACUGACAGUAACUUCAAAAUUAUAGUAUAUUUUUCUCUAAAAUUAAGUUACAGUUAAAAACAAUAAGUGUUCUCUAAUAAAUUACAUUAGAAUUCCGUUCUCAAUUUAGCUGAUAUAAAGUAUAUAUUUUUUAGCCAAAUUAAAAAAAAUAUUAUUGGUUUCUUAAAAUUAUAAUUUUACCAUUUAGUGUAUUUUAAACUGAAGCUUCUUUUUAUUUAAAUAUUUUACAAAACACUAACCUUAACGUGUAAUAUUUUUUCGUAUCCUGAAAGUUAAAUCUUAGUUAUUCUUUUAUUAUUGAAAAAAAAAUAGAUUUAGAGAAGUUACUCAAAGUUAUUUUGAAUUAUUUCAUCUAAUAAGCUCAUAAAUCAGUUCUAUGUAGUUCUGUUUAAUAUACAGGGUGUACAAAAAAGUUACAACAAAUGGGAAAAAUGAUUGAAUUAAUUGAAAAAAUUAACUUUAUAAUUUUUUCUUCUUCAAAAAAUGUUACUGUUUAAGUCAUUCUUCUCUUUGAUCUUUUUUUUUGAUAUUUUAUCACUUAAUCCCACUUUUUUACACAGAGAAAUUUUGCCAUGGCAGUUGUCUCAUGUUAAAAUGAUUCUAUUUGUUAUUGAACUUACUGAAGAAAUUGAUCAUAAGACUUUUUUUCAUUAACAUUAUAAUAUAAAAAAUUCCAUAACAUUUUAACACACCCUGUAGGAUAGUUUUAAUAUUUAUGGAUUAUAUUAUUUUCUAGUUUAAAUAGCAUGAAUAUAUAUGUGUUCCAGGGGUAGCUAACUAAUAUAUUACAACUUUAUUUUAACUAAAUUAUAGAUUUUAACUACUUAGAACACACUUUAUGAAAAGCUAUCUUUGGAACAUGUUUAAUAGAAAAUUCAAAUUUAUUUUUAUUUUUUUUGUGAUGUGUAGAAUUUAAUGUGAUCCCAAAUGAGUUAUUUUCGAUUAGUAGAUUUUUUAACGUAUUUGUGUGUGAUAUACCAAUUAAGGAGAACGCGUUUAAAAUAGAUUCCUAUAUCCAUUUGUAUGCCUAAUUACAAAGUUUGUUUGAAAAAUUAGUUUAGGCUGAUUUAGAGCAAUAUUUGAGAUAUUUUUGUCUAUGUAAUUUAUUUUUUUCUAAAAUCAAGUCUCGUUUCCAUAAAAAAAUAUUUCUAUUAACUUUGUAAAUAGGUGUAUUAUCAUUCUGUAUAUUGUAAUACACAAUCGAAAUUGUUAGAUGCAAUUACGAUUUUCAUAGUCACGUAGUUUUUCCUUUUUUCUAAUUAUUAAAAUGUAUUUAGUCUUGUAAAUACUUGGAGAUAAAUAUUGGAAUAACGUUUGUUUUGUGUGGAAAACACAAAAUUGUAAGAUAGAAUUGUCUUAAGUAUUCAAUAAAAAAGUCGAU